CCGCCCCUUGUUCCAGUGAGGUCAGCGCUGCUGUGUGUGUGUGAGAGGGAGAGUCUACGAGAGAGAAACAUAACCUACAUUACAGCCACACUCACCUACAUUUCUCACUAAAUCACUGUGGGAGAGGGUUAGGCGCUGAGGAGCAGCAUGUCGGACACGGAGACUAAGCCCUCAGGAGAUGGAGAGAAGAAGGACGGAGAAUAUAUUAAACUGAAAGUGAUUGGUCAGGACAACAGUGAAAUUCACUUCAAAGUGAAGAUGACGACGCAUUUAAAGAAACUGAAGGAAUCAUACAGUCAGAGACAGGGCGUUCCAAUGAAUUCUCUAAGGUUUCUUUUUGAAGGGCAGAGAAUCACAGAUAACCAGACUCCCAAAGAGCUGGGAAUGGAGGACGAGGACGUUAUUGAGGUGUACCAGGAACAGACCGGCGGCUAUUGGAACGACUAGACCUUUGCUCACACUUUCUUCUCUUUAAAUCUUAAUUUUGUAUGUAUGAUGUUUAUUUCUUCUGUUUCCUUUUGUGCUUCUCUCAGAGGGAAAUGGAAAAACCAUCUGGAUCAAAGAGAUACUCCGCUAGGGUUGCUGCAGUGAGGGAGUUAGAGGCAAAAAUAAUGCAAAAUGUAAUUUAGUGAGGAGGAAUGAGCAAAAUAUUCCUCUUUUCCGACCUCUCUCUCUUUGUCUGUCUGUCUUUCUUACUGACAAGAUAUGUGCGGCCUUUUGUUUUAAGUGACCGAUAAUGGAACUUGCAUUGUGCCCCAAAAACCUUCAGAGUAAAAUCUCUCUUACUUUCCAAUCAGUUCUGAUAUUUAACUGUGGAGCAUGUUGCCCAGUAACUCCAUUUAUUAUUGGCUCUGUGCUGCUUUGCUGGGGUUCAGAGUAAGAUAAGUUUUUGCAGCUUUGGAGUCCCUUACUGAUUGAUCAUGUUGGUUGACUAUUUAGCCAUUUAUAAAGGACAAAAUGUGUGUUUUUAGAUUUUGAUACCCUUAGGAUUUGAAAGGAUUUUCAUGUAACUGUAUUUCUGAUACUAGGAAGUGUGAGGUUUGCUUUCCAUGUAUGCAUAUAACAACUGUGUUGAGAUUUGCACACUGUGAACUGCACAACCCCCUGUGCUGUAAUGUGUCUGAGCAGUGGUUUCAGUUGCAUAUGUUUGUCUCAGUUAUGUUGAAAUAUUUCUCUGUGAAUAUUUUCCCCCUUGUUGAAAUGGAUGUGCUCAAUUUUAUAUAUCCGUUCCUCUAUUUACCUCCAGUUACACAGAAGCCCUGUUUAGCUUAUGAUUCCCCUGCUCCCAGCUUAUUUAUCAAUGUUAGAACGAUCUUUGAUCAGCACUCAGGGGCAAUGCUUAUCUACACAAUAAAUACAGUGAUCGCACACGGUGAAGACCUUACAACACAUUUAGCUCUUUUUUUCUGUUUAAAUGAUUGAUCUCUCCAGUGUUAGAUGCUGGUCUUUGCCAGUUCCCACAGUCUUUCUGAAUCUUCCCGAAUCUGCUGUGUUUUAUCCGGCAGUGAGAAGUCCAAGGCGUGCAUUCUCUCAGACAGUGUUUCUCAAACUUUUUAGACCACAUGCUGCUCAUAAUCAAGCUAAAACAUUCAAGUACCACCUACACUAAUAAAAGUUUAAGUUCCUUUACGAAAUUAAAUGGAUUCUUCAAUGUAAAACUUUAGCUGGUUUGUGGCUUCUUUAAGAAGGCUUAAGGUGCUUAAAGUAAAGGUUCCUCAAAGUACCAUAAGUAGUUUUAUCACAGUUUCACGUUGAAGAGUCCAUAAAAGUUCAUCAAGCGGGAACUUAUACUUUUAACAGUAUAUCUUUGGGAAUUGUGGAGUUCCUCAAGGGUUCUAUUGUAGGACCCACAAAACUGCUGUGUGGGCUUACAAAAAGACUUGAGUGGGAACACGUGAACAAACCUAAAGAUAAAUUAUACAAUUUACAGGUGAAAUCAUUAUAGAUUUUGGUGUUUUUUAAUGUACCAAUCAAAUUUUAUCUGGUGUACCACCCUGUGAUACCUCAUUUUACUACAGUUUGAGAACCACUGCUCUUAGACAUGAAGAGAUGGCCACUGCUUCUUUUCUACCACUAAAUCUAGAUUGCAGGGCAGCUGUGCAGCAUAGAGAGCAGUGAUUGCCCACUGUGCCCUGGUAGACACCUACGAUUGGUUGAUUGCAGAAUGGACUAAGGCACUUGUCCCACUCAAGAGAGCAGCAGGGCUUAUUGCACUCUCUCGGAUGGAUGGAUAGCUGGUAUCGGUUGCACCACCCAGGAGACAACUUUUCUUUCUUUUUUCUUUUUUUUUUUUUUUUUUUUGUCUUUGUUUUUCCAAGUUCUGUUAAAUAUGGGGAGGGAAUUUUGGUCCAGAUGGUUUGUGGACAUAGAAAGAUUAUUAUUUUUCUUUUGUCUUGUUUUUUAAAUAAAAUGUGUCAUAAAAUAA